AUGGGCUGCAGUGUGGUGGCGUUUGAGCCGGUCCCGCUCUUCAGGGCUUUCUUUGAGUACAACCUGGCCCGCAACCGGGUGGAGGCCAGGGUGCAGAUUCGUCCCACCGUGGCUGUGGCGUACCCCGGCCGCGACAACUACACUGUGGUCGUGCCGCAGCGCGGCAUCUGGGGCACGGCCGGCAUUGACGGCGCCAACAUUGACGAGCACAUUGACAACCAGGGGGCCUACCAGCGCAUCAACGUCACGGGGGAGUCACUCGACGCGGUCCUGGGUGACCGCCACGUUGACAUGCUCAAGGUGGACGUGGAGGGCUACGAGCCUGACGUCAUGGCGGGCGCCCAGCAGCUGCUGUCUCGUCAGCUCAUUGACAACAUCGUGAUGGAGUACUCACCACACGUGUAUGAGAAGGGACGCCGGUGGGACGACAUGCCCCGCACCCCCACCAUGCUGCUGGACCUCAUCGCCGCCAACUUCACGGUCGCACAGAUACGCAGCCGCGGGGGCGAGGAGGACGUCGCGUCCUGGAGCCAGCCCCUGGGGCUGCUGCCCCAGGUCACCCGGGAGAACCUGCGGUACGACCUCGCAGACACACGGCUCAUGAGCUCUGAGGGCAUGGUGUGGGCCAGGGAGCCGUGCGAGGCGAUGCUGCAGCAGGGCCUGAUCGUGGACGGCAUGCCGGAGCGCUUCCACCCCAAGUCCUUCCGCGGCGUCAUCUCCUUCAACACCAACGUCUGGGCCAGCCGGCUGGCGCGGCUGACGCCCCACCUCAGGGGCCCGCCCGUCGGCAUGCUGCCCGCUGACGUGUCGGUCACCGACUCGUGGUUCUACCCCAAAGACAGGGAGUCUGACAUGGCCAUCGGCGGCCGCAGCUGCGAGGGCCUGCGGGCCACGGCCAAGGCCGACAAGAUGGCGGAGAAGGAGCGCGCGGCGCUGCUGGUGUCGCACCACUGCCGCUGCGCGCCGGAGCUGCCGUGCCGCAAGGCGGAGGAGACGGCGGACCAGUGCGCGCGGGCUGGGGAGAUUCCCUUCGAGGACUGA